AUGGAGUCUGUUAAGGAUGCUGCCAACUACGUUGGUGACAAGGCCAGCGAGCUCACCUCCGGCGCUUCCAAGGAGGCCAACAAGAACGUCGCCAAGGACAGCAACGCCGACGCCAGCACGCGUGCCACUGCAGCCAAGGAUGCUCUUGGUGACAAGCUCGACGAGAGCAAGAACUCUGUAUGUCAAUUCUAG